AAUUGAUUUCUACUUGAAGAUUGUGUAUUUAUGUGAUUUUUUUUCUAAUUUUUUGGUUGUCCAUAUGUGAUUUUAUAUAUUCGUGAUCUUAUAACGAAACAAACCACAAAAGUAUCAUCUAUUGUUUUUCAGUAUGUUGUUGGAUCAAUAAAAAUCAAUUAGAUUCAUCAAUAUCCAGCAAAAAACAAUAUUAUCGAUUGCGAUGAGACUAUAUAUUCUUACAUUAGGCUUGAUAAGCCUAAUAAUUCUGACGGAUUCGUUUAGGAUUGAUUCAAAUCUUCCUGUUCAACCAGAAUCGUUACCGAUUGAAGCUAAACUAUCAUCGACAGAAGUAGUUCAAUCAAUAAAACCAGAAUCAGUAGUACAAGCCGGUUCUGCAGCACCGUCAUCAAUUUCAACAUUAAAUGAUGAUCAACAACGAUUUGUCAUCAAUAGUGAUAAUGAUUUGGUUGCUGCUGGAUCAAAGAAAAAAUCUGAAAAAUAUAAGAAAAAAGAAGGUAUGAAAAAGAAAAAGAAAAAAGGCAAACAUGAAAAAGAAAAAUGGAAAAAAGGUAAACAUUAUCAUAAAAAAGAAUUUAAGAAAAAGAAGAAAAAAAGUGGCAAGAAAAAAUAUAAAAAAGGUGGACAUGAUUUCAAAAAAUAUGGCAAAGAGAAAAAAGGCAAAAAAGGUGAUGGUUAUAAGAAGAAUAAAAAAUAUGGUUACAAAAAGAAAGGUGGCAAAGGAAAAUCUGGUGGUAAAAAAGGCAUGAAAAAAUAUAAAGAUAAAGGUGCCAAAAAGAAAGGUUUCAAAAAAAGUUAUCAUAAAGUAGAAUGGGGUAAUAAGAAGAAAUAUCAUGAUAAUUGGCGAGACAAAAAAUGGAAAAAGAAUUUCAAAAAAUGGAAGAAACAUCACGAAUACAAAAAGGGCAAGAAAUACAAGAAGAAGAACGACAAAAAGUGGUUCGAAAAGAAAAAGAAAGGCAAAAAAUACAAGAAAUAUGGCAAAGGUGCACACAAAAAAUAUACAGAGAAAAAAGAUUCAAAAGGUAUGAAAAAGAAAGGUGGAAAAUAUGGCAAAAAGAACAAAAAAGGCAAAAAAUAUGGUGGACACGACGAAAAAAAAUACAAAGAAAAGAAAGCCGAAAAAAAGGGCAAAAAAAAGAAAUAUUAA